AUGCAAAGCAGUAAUGAUGAUCCUGGACGGACCAAGAUUCCUAGACCUCGAUCAACGGGGCAAAUAUUACACGAAAACCCAUCAGCGAUAAAAAGACCAAGACAUCAAUAUCAGCAUCACCAAACCUUUGAACAAAGUGGCGCAUAUGCUCACCAGACGCCCUCAUAUUACCAAAGCUUUCCUCUGCCGUAUGGUUACCAUCACAACCCCAAUCCAAUGCACGUAUACUCUAGCUGGGAUCAACAAAGAAACCAAGCAUAUUCAGUGCCUUCCGCACUACCUUUUCCUUACUACCACCGAGGAUCUCAACCCAUGAUUUAUCGCUCACAGAGCCCAGUAUUUGAUAUGAUCGCGCCAGCUCAACAAACGGGCCCGAACAGGAUAGAGGAGCACUCUAGUCAGACGACGCAAAUAUAUAUGCCCCACGAAAGGCAUAUACAGCGAGAAAAUGAUGAAAGGAAAACUGCCAACGACACUGGGGGCAGAGAUUCCAACAAAGAUGAAGGUGUGCACCAAAAUAAGGAAAAUGAUGGUGAUGUCGAGGGUAAACCUGUAGAUUUCGAGGAGCCUAAAGCCACCGCAAACAAGAAUUCACCCACGAUGAUACCGGGGACCUCAAUAGUAUUACAAACCGAAGAAGAAGUUGCGAAGUGGCGCGAAGAAAGGCGUAAAAUGUGGCUUUUGAAAAUUUCCAACAACCGAGACCGUCAUCAGCAAGAUAUGGGCGUACAAAUAGAAGACAUCACUUCAAGAGAUGCGUUCAAGCAAGUGAAAAAAGACAAGCAGUUUAUACAAAACAUACAAGCUCAGGUGACACGAAUAAACCCUAGGGCAAACCUUGAUCUCAAAAUCCGUCAGAGAACGAUGGCCGAAGAAAACAUGAAGCUGUUGCAAUUUAUUCAAGAGUUGGGCGAUGCAAACCUCCUUGAAUACGAGCUAUCACAGGACGAGAAGGAAAAGCUUUUUGGAAAUUCCCAAAGGUCAAGAUCCAGGAACGAACCAAGAAACUCGAAUAGCAGGAUGCCGAAUCGGGGCCUAGAACAAUAA